AUCUUCUACGAUCCCACUCUCCAGCUAGGGUUUAGUGCAAAGGGCAAUUUGACUUUGAAGUCGUCAUUCAAACGACCUUAUCUAAUCACCAUGUCUCCCACCAAUCGAGUACCGUCCAUGCGCAUGAACCCUUCUGACGCGCGCGACAUUCCCACAUACAUAAACGAACUUGCUAAAGAUGUGGCGAAAAACCAACCUAAGGGCGACUCGGAGAGUACCUUUUCCGACGCUUCGACACUUCAAGGCAACGAGCAAUCUUCGAAACUGAAACGCGGGCUUUUCAGUAAGAUCCGUUCUUUUUCGCCAUCCGGAAAACAAGAUGCCGUCAAAGAGUAGCUUAAUGGGGUAAUUAUUCUUAUUGGAUACUGGAAUUUGAGGUAAGCCCUAUGAGAGGGCAGUUGCGGUUCCUCCGUGUCCUCUGCAUGACUUGUGGUCUAU